AUGUCCGCCCCUGCCCCACCUCCAACAGCCGCUCUGAGCACAACCACACCCCAACCCACUCGAAAGUCAAAACCUAGCUCGACCGACCGCCAACUCCAACGUCGAUGGAUCCAACUCAUCGAUGCAUGGCACUCCUCCUCUGUUCAGCAGCAAGGUUUCGGCACAAUCUCACGCGAUCAGCUGGUGGAAGAAAUCUCUCAACACGCACAAACACUCUGUCGAACCAUCAAGGAUCGACAAUGGCUGCUCAACGCUUUUCGAUUUGCGAUUCAGGCUGUUCUCUUCCCCGAAACCCCGGAUUCUGAGGGUGAUGUGGAAGAAAUGUCGCGAGUAGAGCAGCUCGGACAACAACUCUUGCAGCUGGCAAUACACUCAAUUGCUACACCCCUUCUCCAAUUCUCCAAGGAGCAGAAUGCACAGGCUUUGCCCAAGAAGAUGGUGCAAGAAGCCUUGGACAACUUCGAGCGAUUGUCGAAGCGAUUGUCGAUGUUCCAGCGUUUGCCAGGGUUGUCUGGGAUGAUGGGAUUGCCAACACUGCCGUUGCGACUUGUGCUGGAGGAGGAGGCGAGUACGGUGUUGUUGUGUCUAGCAUCGCUGCCGCAAGGUGCCGAGUUGGUUGGGCCGUUGUUGGCGAGCUUGCCGUGGUUGGUGGAGGAAUCGCAAGGGUCGAGGUUGGCGAUUUUGGGGCAGUUGUUGACCGUUGGUGCAAGUGGUGGGUAUGAUUCGCUUGUUGGCUCGGGGCUACUGAUCGGAUGGAAGAAUGGGAAAGAGGCAAGUGCGUGGAGCUCGGUGAAAGGGUGUAAGCCACUGCCGUUGAGCGAGCUGGUAGAGUUCUACAGAGGAGUGUUGAUGACGAUGCGCGAUCAAGCCAAGCCAGAUACCGACAGGGAUGCCCUGCUGGACCUGCUUGCGAAGGGGUGGAAGGGAGCAGAUGCAGAGCAAUCCAUCGCUGAGCUCCGAACUGCAGCCGCCAUCACCAAUCAUUACGACGGGCAGGCCAUCAAGACCACCACUACGAGCUCUCUACGCUUCGACCUGGACUCAGUGCAGUCUCUUGCAAUGCAAAUCUCCACCGCCGGCUCGAACAGAGAAGCUCAAAAACAGCUCGCAAAGCAAAUCCUCUCCACAGCAAACGAUGCCGAUUCGAUCGGCAACAGACUUGUUCAAGUGAUCGAUACGAACGACAGUGCAAACGUUCGUGCAUUCGCUCUCACUACCAUAUAUGAAGCUGCUCAAAGCGGAUCGACUGGCCAACUGGCAAGUCUUGUUGCUGCUGUGUUGUAUGCUAGACCUGCGGUUGGCGCUUUCAAGCUGGAUCUUAAUAUCCCAGCUGCGCUUCUGAAACAGGCUAAGGAAGUGCUGGGCCAGGUCGGUAACACGAAGACCAACGAUGCGAACUCACAAUUGCAACUAGCCCUGCGCGGAGCACUCGAUAUGGACGAGAAGUGCAUCGUUCCUGCGUGCCAACUGCUCAGCCUGCUUCGCAGCAAUCCCUCUGCCUCGCUGCUUGGGCAGAUGGAUAUGCACCUCACUCGGCUACGAUCGAUUUCUGCUUUGGUUGAAGGCUUACAUACCAAGCCGGAGCUAGAUAUGUGCUGGUUGGCUGCUUACGCAGGCGCAUCAGGUGCAGAAGUAGAACCCAAACAAAGGUCGAAACUAUCAGAGCUAGUGGAAAAGUUCAACUCCGCUCACACACCGCCUUCUUCUCUGGGCGGAAGACCAGGUGAAGGUGGAGCGGUGAAUCGAGACUUGCUCAAGUUCCGAGCAAGUUGGGAUGCUUUCUUUCAUCAACUCCUCGACUUGUGCUCUCCUUCCUCAGCAUUCGCGCUUAUCCCGCAGCACGACGCUACCCAUCUCCUUCUCUCCACUAUCCUUCGCACUGGAGACGUAACUCUCUUCUCUACUCUCUCCACCUCCUCAACCCCGACCCUACCCGCGGAGGAGGUUGAGGAUUUGGUACUGGAAAUAUCAACCCAACUAUUCGACCGAGCAAACGCCGCAUCAACAAGAACCAAAGAUAUCAGGUUGUCUCUGGAAGUUCUCUCCGCUCUUUCCUCAAGCUCGACACGUGCAAAAUCGCAGAGGGAGUUCAUUGAAGCUGCGUGUCGAUUGUCCAGUUUCAAGAUCAAAUCGAUCGCUCACCCAGGGGAGAGUAUCACUCCGAAAGAGAUUAGAGAGACGAAAGAUAAGGUGGAAUUGGUGGCUAGAUUGUUGGGUAGUCAAGGGGAUGCGCAUCGGUCUCCGGAGCUGGUGCUUGAUUUGGCUCAUCGAUUAUCCUCCCUGGAUCCUUCCUCGACCACUUCUUCCGGCAAGUCGGAUAAGAGUCUUAUAGAGGCGAGAGUACUAGCAAUGCUCUCCGACGCAGCAACAGCCUCUGAGGACUUUGAUCAAUCCUCCACCCUCUGCCUGCGUCUUAUUCAAUCGGCCACCAAACCUCGCUGCAACCGGGCCGUGGUGGAGUUGACCUGGAAGAGUUGUUUCCAACUAUCCAAACAUCCUGGAUGGGAAGAUACACCGCAACGACUCACAAUGCUAGGCCACGCACUUUGCCUCGCUCCCCCAGAGCAGUUGGGGGGAAUGCUGAGGAUGUGGCGAGACCUAGAUUCACAACUCACAACAGAGGUGGAAGGCGGGAAACAAUUCGGCUCGACUCGAAAGGCAACUGCUGGGCUUGCAACUGGAGCUGGAUUGAGUGCAACAAGAUCAAUCGGAGGAGUCGCAGACCUGCUCGGUGCAGGAGGAUUGGUUGGAAGUGCGGCAAACCUUCUCCCGCUAUCUUUCAGUCCGUUGAGCUACUUCAAUGACAACACCCCAUCACAAGGUGGAGGAGUAGGGAGGGGACAAGUGGAUGAAAGAACGGCAAAGUUGUUCGAUUUUGUUCCUGUUUCUGCUGCCUCUACCCAACACAGCUACGCAGAUCGAUCCAGGAGAGGUGAAGGCGGACAGGCCGCCAGUGCGAGUGCGAGUGCAAGUGCGGGUGGCUAUGUGGAUCCAACCGAAACAGCAGUUAGAGCUGCAAGGGCUGCGAGAGAUUUUCUGGGAUGGAAGAGUGAGAAGCAUCCCGAAGACGAAGCUGGGGCAGGAGGGGCAGGAGGGGCAGGAGGGGUAGGAGGGGGAGGAGGAGGGAUGGGUGGUUUUAGUUUAAGUCGUGGUGUUGGAUGGUUGAUUGGUGAUGGUGAACGACGAUAG